GGCGGAGCAUCGACCGGAGAAGACGAGGAGUGCGGGUUGUGUCGGGAGUUUAGAGAAGGGUUUUCUGUAAAAUUGCUAUGGGGACAACUUUUUCCGGACGGAGGGAGUAGUGGAGAUGGAGACGGAGAUUGCAAAGCGAAACAGAAUUACACAAGUCAACAGCCGCUGGGUGCCGGAGGGAGGGAGGGGAUCAGACGAGGAGUUGACCAGGUGCGCAUCAGACGGCGGAGCGGCGAGGGUGAGCGCGCCGCCGGGGAGGUGCCAGGUCCGGUGGGUGCCGCCGCGCCGGAGGGGAUCAGACGAGGAGCUUAGCGCUGAGCGGGUGGUGCAUCCCCUUGCGUUCGUCCACCACCCGCCUGCGUCGCGCGCCCCCACCACCCCGCCCGCAUCGGCUGCGCCGCCCGCCGGCAUAUCCACCGGCACCGAACGUCUCCCGCCACCACACCUGCUCUGCCCUCGUCCGGAAGUUCUCCGAUCUGAGCGGAGCUCGGCUCGCACGCCGUCUCUGCGAUUGGACUGGGCCCCGGCCGCCCGCAUCGGUUCAUCCACGAGCGCCGCCAACUCCUCCGCCAUCGCCACCUCAAAGCUGCGCCGUUCGUCCGCCAGCAUCUUCCUCGAGCGGCGCCCAUAUCGUCCGCCCGCUGCGGCGUGCUCGCCUCUGCAGCCUCUCCUUCACCGGCCGUGGGUCCCCCAAUAACCCAGCCAUGGCCUCCGCCGCCGCGGUUUUCGCCGGCAAAGCCAUUGCAACGUCAAUCAUCACCAACAUUGUCAACAAGGCCUUUGACUAUCUCAAGGACAGCCACAAAGCCGGAGGGCUCAAGAGUGCCAGAGAGAGGCUAGAGAGGCUGCUUCCACAGAUCCAGGUCGUCUUUGACGCCGUUGACACGGAGGAAAUCAGGGGUCAGAGCAACGCGCUGGAUGGAUGGUUGUGGCAGCUCAGAGAUGCCGUGGAGGAAGCCGAAGACGCCGUCGAUGAGCUCGAGUACUACAGGCUCGAGGAGGAGGAGGUGAAAAGGCAAGAUAAUAACAAGGUGCGUGGCUCUGUCAGUAAGUACAAGCGCAAGGUCAUCCAAGGGCUCAAUCGUGCAUUCAACACAGGGUCACUAGAGAGGCUGAGAAAUUCAGUCACCACCCUAGAUGGUGUCGCGGCUGGCGUAGAGCGUUUCUUGCAGGUUCUCAGCCACUUGAACAACGAUAUGAUGAAGAAACAUAAACAGGAUGUGGAGUUCAGAAACUCGCGCCAGACAAGCUCGCUGUCUCGUGGCCCUCUGCUUGGCAGAGAGGAAGAGAGGAAGGUUAUAGUCCAGUGGUUGACCAAGCCUGAAAGUGGUGCCGGCGAUAACAUUGCCGUGUUUUCAUUGGUUGGUAUAGGUGGAAUAGGGAAGACGGCACUUGCUCAAGAUGUAUGCAAUGCUAGAGAUGUCAAAGACCGCUUCGAUUUCGUCAUCUGGGUUUGUGUUUCUCACGAUUUCGACAUUCAGGCACUAACAAGAAAGAUCCUUGAGGACAUGACCGGAAGAGAGGCACCCAUGGUUAGUCUAAAUGCACUCCAGAAAGAACUCAAGGAGAGGUUGAGUUCCAAGACCUUUCUCCUUGUGCUGGAUGAUGUAUGGAAUGAUGAGAGGUAUCAGGAUUGGGCGAAUUUUUUGUGUCCAUUGAGAUGUGGGAAGAAAGGAAGCAAGAUCCUGCUGACAACCCGAGUGCAGUUGGUAGCUGAUGUUGCUGCAAGAGCAGUGCAGGGGGAAAGAACACUACAGGUGGAAUGCCACUCUCUAGCAUUGUCUGGCUUGGAAGAAACUGACCUCCUGCUUCUUUUGAACAGGCAUGCAUUUUUCGGUGUCAAUCCUGAUGAUUAUAGGAACCUACAACAGAUCAGCAAGAAAAUGGUAAACAAACUCAGUGGUUCUCCAUUGGCAGGAAAAGUUCUCGGUGGAUUGUUGAACGGCAACAAGGAUAGUAGCACGUGGAACAGAAUUUUGGACUCGGGUGUUCAUAAUGCACAACAGGGCAGUGAAGGGAUUAUGACGGUGUUGAGGCUAAGUUAUCAACAUUUAGCAACACAUUUGCAGGUUUGUUUCAGGUAUUGCAGCUUAUUUCACAAAGGCUAUGAGUUCACAAAGAAAGAAUUGGUGUACUUGUGGAUGGGUUCAGGACUGAUCCAGCCAUUGGUGGAUGACACAAUACAGCUAGAGGAUAUUGGAAUGGAGUAUUUAGACACAUUAUCUAGAAAGUCCUUUUUUGAUAUCAAAACAGAGCCUCAUGAUAGUCGCAUUAUAAAAUGCUGUUUAUAUGAUGAAUAUUAUGAAGAAAAAUUUGUCAUGCAUGAUCUCUUGCAUGAGUUGGCCCGGUCUGUGUCAGCGAGUGAAUGCACAAGAGUGGACUUAAAUUUCUCUGGUUGUAUUCCGAAGACUGUCCGUCAUAUAUGCAUUCACAUGAUAAAUCCUACUGUUGUUGAACAGAUCUCUCAUGCAAAGAGACUGCGCACACUUCUUAUGCAUUUUGAAGACCAACACGAGGCAGAUCAAGUGCACAUGCUCAGUGAAGUGUUGGGUGUGGCCAGAAGCUUACGAGUGUUAUCCAUAAUAACAAACUCACAGUGUAAGCUUCCUGAUUCGAUGCGUGGUUUAAUGCACCUUCGCUAUUUGUCUCUUAAGUGGGGCCGGAAAAAAAUGACGCAUUGCUGUUGGUUUCCCAAGCCUGUGUACAAGCUUUAUCACUUACAAGUAAUGAAGUAUGAUGAUCCCCAACUCACAGCUCCUCAGAAAAAGGAAAUGGACAGAGUGUGCAACCUAGUUAACUUACGUCAUCUACAACUAUCUUACGGGAUAAUACCAACAAUUCCUUUUGUAGGAAAGCUUACUUCCCUCCAUGAGCUAUAUGGUUUCUGCAUCAAACAAGAAGGUGGUUACACUAUUGGUGAACUAAAGAAUCUGACAAACAUCCGUCAUUUAUAUGUUUCUGGUCUUGACAAGGUAAACAGCGCAGAAGAAGCUGCUGAAGCUAUGUUGAACCAGAAAAAGUGUCUGUCAGCAGUAACAUUAAGUUGGUCUCCAGGCUCUUCAAAUUCAUGCACGCCAAGCCAAGCUGAGUUGGUUCUCGACAAACUUGAACCACACCGCAAUUCCCAUAAAUUGAGGAUUGAAGGAUAUCCUGGUUCUCGAUCUCCAUGUUGGCUGCAAAAUCCCACACUCAUUAAUUUGACAUAUGUUCACAUACGUGACUGUGAAAGAUUGGAGCGUCUUCCACCUCUUGGGCAGUUACAUUCUCUACAGUAUAUUUACAUAAUUAACAUGAAAUUAGUAGAGGGUGUGGAUUCUUCAUUUUAUGGAAGUGAAAAUCCCUGUGGAUUGCACUGUCUGAAGGUGCUAGAGAUUGAAAGCAUGCCAAAAUGCCUGGAAUGGGUUGGAUUGGAGGGUAAGAAUGUAUUCCCUAGGCUUGAGAUGCUGAAAGUGCGUGACUGUGAGGCGCUGAGAACAUUGCCAAGUGUACCUACCAGUAUUCGCCAUGUUGAAAUCCAUAAUGCUGGCCUAUUGGCUAUGCCAACAUUUUUUGGGAGUUCUGAUACAAACUCGUCACCAUCAUUGGACCUGGCUCUCUCUAAGCUCAUGAUUUCCCACUGCCAAAGUUUAGAAACUUUAUGGCAGGGGUGUUCUCUAUCUGCACUCGUGGAGUUGUCCAUCCAACAAUGCGCAAGCUUGUCAUGUCUACCGGAGGAUUCAUUUGGUUCACUUGCCUCCCUGGAAACCUUUGAAGUAGUGAAAUGCUCAAAUUUGGUGACAGGAGAAAUCAGGUUGCCCCCUACCGUGAGAACCAUCAUUUUCGGAUUGUGCGGUGAAGCUGAACAGCCACUAGUUCAUUCAAUGAAAGGUCUUAAUUCAUUGACAAUGCUAUUUUUAGAUGGUUGUGCACUGUCAGUUUUCCCUUCAGAAGUGUUUGCAUGUUUGGCAGGGUUAACUAAUAUGGUGUUUGGUAAUUGUGCAAUUACAUCUCUUCCCUUGGCUGAAGCCUUUGCAAGAUUGACAAAUCUUGAAAACUUGUCCAUAUGGGAUUGCCAAGAGCUAGUUUCAAUCAGUGGGAUCCAUGGGAGUCCAUCACUAAUGUCAAUGCAAAUCCAGGGAUGCAAAAAGAUCACUGCAGAUCUAUCCGUUGAGAGGGUGGAUGACCCUGCUAGUUUGUCUAGCCUGACUGAGCUUGAUAUUGACAAUCCGUCACUCUUGCUAAGUGAGCCAUUACGAAGCAUGUCGUGUGUCAAGAAACUUAUAAUUGCUGGUGGUCCUGAACUGAGACACUUGCCUGAGGAGUGGUUACUGCAAAAUGAGGCACUUAAAGAACUAGUAGUGUCUGAUGCUUCUCAUCUGAUAUGCCUGCCCCCACAAGUAGCACGACUGAGCUCUAUUGAAUCCUUCGAUAUAUCCAAUGUGAAGUUGAUACGGAGUUUGCCUGACAUGCCUGCUUCUCUGAGGACUCUACGAAUAAACAAUUGCCACUCUGAGCUCAAACAGCGAUGCCAAAAGAAUAAGGGACUUGAUUGGGUUAAGAUUGCACAUAUCUGUAAUGUAGAUAUUAGCUAAGAGGUACCAAAAGGUUAUGAUGCAUGAGCUAAACUCAUGCCAGUAUAUCCUGCCUUCCAUGGUGUUUCUGUAAAUAGCCAUGUGCGUGUCAGCGUGUGUCCACUCUCCAAAGGUUGCACUAUUUGGUACUUCCAGUGUUGAAUCUGCGGCUUAUGGAACAUGAAAGUGACCCAGACGUUGAUCAGCUACCGUUGGUAGAUUACUUUUAAUAAUGCAAUUGUAAUUUAUUAACAGAAAUUUGUUCUGAUGGGAAUUAUUCUGCACCCACGUGAUAUAAUCCUCAACAGUGUAAUGUUCUAAAAAUAUAUCUGGUAAUUUUUUUCCCUGAGAUUCCAGCAUGCAACCCUUUCCAGUUUUCUUCAGUGAAAUACUUGAAUCUGAAGCAAGUUGCAUGUUAGUGCAUAUCUGUGUGGCAGUUUACUAGCUACUGCUGGAGAUAAUAUAUUCAUGUGAAGCUUAGUUAAUCAAGUAACUCAACACAUCUCCUGCUGCUCUUUGCUUUUGUUUGGUACGAACAUCUGUACAUACCCUAUUAUUUUGCUAUACUCAUGAGGAAAUGGAUGCGUUCUAUCUGUUUGGAUUUUCCAUUUGAGCUUGGAUACAACAGUUCUACCUAAGUACGUACAUGCUAGUCUACAUGCCCUGAUGCUUCUUCACAAUAAGUGUUUUCUUGUCGUGACUGAUGGUCACCAUGUUUGUUACUGUUUCCCUGCUGUUUAGUCUUUACAGUUUCAGUCAUGCAAUCUACUAGUGCAUUAUAUAUUUCUGGUCACUUGUCUGAAGCAUGCAUUCCUGGUCACUUGCAGGGAAUGGCACAUAAAAAAACUCUGCAUACCAAAGAGGAUUUUUGCUUGGGCCCUAGCUGAAACUAAAGGAACAACAACACCUGCAUCUUCCGUUUGCAUUCAGCUUCAGCACCAACACCUCAAACAGCAACACAGCUUCAUAACCGGCGCUGGUGCUGGUGCCGUAUGGGUGCCUUGGUCUAUUUACAGUCUACGCACAACAUUACAUGUUAACAUACAUUUCCAGAUCAGGGAGAAGGUGCAGAGCUUGCUGGAUUUGCUGGCUGAUCAUCACCCUCCUCGACGACGAUCAACGAUGACGAGGAACAACUGUCUGCUGCUAUGUCUGUGUUGAUGUUGCUGCUGCUGCUAGGAGGCUGACAUAUCUAUAGAACAAACCCUAAAUUUAAAGAGCUCCUUGUGUAUAACGUUUUGUUUUUGCUUUUGAUUUUUUAUCUCCCUCCUGAUUGAUGUAAUUUAGUACUGUAUGUACUACUACUUAGAAAUGACAACAACAAAAAAAAGCACCGGACCAGUUUACGAACGUUGUCCAGACUAAUGAACUCACCUCAUCAAGUAAUGUUAUACGUAUAUGUUAUUACA